AUGCACCACAACGUUUUUAAGACUUUUUAUGGUAGUUGAGUGUGAACCAUCGCGGCAUCAAGACGCUUAUACUUGAAAGUAAAAUCAAACUCUUAUCUGCAACUAAAAUAAAACCGUUACUAAAAAUAAAUAUAGAAAAGUAAUUACAAAGUAAAAAAAAGUAAACUAAACCUUCAUUCAAAUUACUACUUCAAGUGGUUGUGGUUGUUUGUGUUAAUUAAUAGUGGUUUUGAAUUUAAUUCCAAACUGGAUUAAACCAUAAUGAGGUCUAUGUGGUUGUUGCUUUUGCUUAGUGGUCAAACUGCUCUUAGCCAUGCUUGGAAACCUAUAGUGGGCCAGGCGCCAGCUAAUGCGGCAAUAACAGGCUCCAAGGCAACAUCCACUGCAUUUACAAGUUCAUUUAGUCUGCAACAGUCACAUCCCGAAUUUGGUAGCAAAACCUCGUAUGUGUCGGACAGUGAUACUAAGGAAGUGCAACAGCCAUUAGCUGCAGAAUUAUUGGCGGUAAAAAGUAAUUACAAACCCCCAAUAGCGGUGCCAGCAGUACCAAGUAGUAUUAAUUUUGGCGAUGCCAGAUUUGGCUACAAAACAACAGGCUAUGAAGAGGAUCAAUGUUCUGUGAAAAAAUAUGCCUUUAAUCAAGAUGGUAUAGUACGUUACGAAAAUAAAAUACCGGAACUGUCGCAAUUUACGAUUUGCUUUUGGAUGCGUUUUACCAAUCACAGUGGCGAUCAUGUCAUUUUAACUUAUUCAACUGAGGACGAACAUAGAGAUUUUCAGUUUUGGGUUGCGAAUGCAAAAAAUUCCAGUUUUUUAUCGAUGGCUAUAAAAGGUCAACAAAUGUAUAGACUGAAUUAUCCAUUGAGGGUUCGUCAAUGGCAUCACACUUGUACCUCAUGGAAUGGUAAAACGGGUGAAUGGCAGGUUUGGUUAAAAGCAGAACGUAUUGGACGUGGUUUCCACAAUGCCCUGGUGGGCCAUAAAAUUCCAGCCGGUGGUAAACUUUAUUCAGGUGGUACUUCGGUUACUGGUAAAAUUUGUGAUGGGCUACACUUUGAAGUCACUUUAGUGCAAAUAUAUCGUGUAGCACUAAGUGCCGGUAAAGCUCAUCGCGAUCACAAACAUCAUCACGCACAUCAUUUUGAUCAUGAAGGUCAGGAAAUACAACUCACCACUAAAGCUCCACCACCAAUAAAUCGACCUCAACCAAUGCAUAAUCUAUUGGCUAAUGGACAAAUACCUACACGGGUAAGGAUAAAUCUAGCACAACCUAACCAAGCUGAUGCAGCUGCGGCGACAUCAAUUAAUCAGGCGGCUCAACAGGGUUUAACCAUACACACCAACUUCGUUAAUGGUCAAAUUAAUGUCGGUUCACGUUUAGUAGCCCAACAACUUAUAGGACUUAAUCACAAAUUGGCCACAGGACCCCAAACAACACAAACUAUUAACAGACAGCCCGUUUAUGAUCCUGCUAAUCCUUCCAAUGUGCAAUUUGUAGACGAAACUGAGACUCGCAUACUCUUCAAACGUCAUGCCAUCAGCUCUAGUAUGAAACCAGACAGUGCUAAUAAAGAUGAGGAUAAAACUCUGAAAAAACGUGGUUUAGUAUUUUUGGAGGAUGGCAGUAUAGUGAAUGAUCCUUUGGUGGGAGAUAAUGCAGAAAAGUUCAGAUACGAUGGCUUGGCUGAAUUUGGAGGACAACAGUUUAAGCAUGACUUGAAUGGCAAAAGUAAUAUCGAGGAUGAAAUUAUGGAACACGAUCGUGAACCAGCCGAGGAAGAAGUUAAGGCUGUUAUGUCCUAUUGUGAUGUCUGCGAAGUAGAACCAUUCCAAGGUGCCAUAGUAUUUGCUUGGAAGGAAGCCCAUGAAAAACUGGAUAACGUUCUGAAGGGCUACAGUGUGGGUGGCUGCGGCCAAUUCUAGAUUCAUUUUAGUAUAAACAUAAUUUUAGUACAAGUAGUUAAUUAUGAAAUCUGUUUAUUUGUAGUUGUAUCAUAAAAGCAAGCAGUUUUAUUAUGUUUUUGUUUUAGCCACUAGUCAGGGAACGCACAGAAUUUUAGUUAAAAGAAUGUUCGUCGGUCUUUUCGAAAUAAAUGACUCAGAGGGUUUUAUAUCUAUACAUUCUUAUCCAUGUAAUAUAUGCAAUAAAUUCAUAUAAACAUAAUUAUUUAAUAAAGUUUUAAGCAAAAAUAA